AUGGCGCAUCAAGGAAACCCUCAGCACUAUUAUCCCAUCCCCCGCAAUUCAUACUAUCCUCACGCUGACGCUCAUGACUUUAAUACGACGUCCAAAUCGGUGACAAAUGGCUUUGAGGCUUAUAAAGGAACUGCGCACCAGAAUUCCCGCUAUUUAGGGACUGCUUACAGCAAUGCUCCAAGCAACCUCCAGAAUCAUCAAACCGCAAGCAAUCCGGCCGUCAUGCAGACGACGGUCCAUUCUAGAACACACCCUGGGGGCUUGAAACCGUCUCUUUCAAGUAAGAAUACAGGGAAUGCGUCUGUGAAUGCACUCAGGCCCCCAAAACCCCAGGCGCCGGAGCCAUCAGUCAAUCAUGCGACUCUGCUUCUAGCGUUAGCCGAGCAAUAUUUUGGGUUGGCCUAUGGCCCAGAGUCGAAAGAAGCCAACGCUGCCAGCAUCUCAGAGGGUGACAACUACUUCAAACUCAUAAGCGCUGGCCUUGGGUGUCUCGAGACUGUUUUGGCAAAAUGCACUGUAGCGCCUGAACAAGAAGCUUUGGUCAGAUUACGCUAUGCUAGCAUUUUAUAUGAAGAGACAGAAGACGUCAUGGAAGCUGAAGAAGCCUUGAGUAAGAGCAUCUCUGUAGCGGACCGACACAAGUUGUAUGAUCUAAAAUAUAAUAUGCAACACCUAAUGGUCAGGGUACUAUUUGAGAGAAGGUCACCAGCCGCCUUGACCUUCCUGGACAGUAUUACUAAGAAUGUUGAGAUCUAUCAGCAUGUAGCUUGGGUCUAUGCUUUUCGGUUUCUGGGUGUGUCCCUGCACUUGGAGUUGGCAUCCGAGUCAAAGAAAAGCCUCAAUGCGGCCCUUUCGAUGCUGAAACACAUCAUUUCGUUGUCUGAAAAGCUUGGUGAUGUCUCCAUCCUUGCUAUUGCAUCAAUUAUGAGGGCAUGGGUCUGCCUGAAAACGUCCAACUCUGCGGAGAAUUUCGAAGAAGCCCAGACCUCCCUCGCUACAGCCAGAAGCCUUCAAACAAACCCUCUAAUGUCUAAGUUCCAUCAGCUUAAUAUUCUUGCGGCUUUCGUGGACCUUUGUUGCUACUUACAGCACUUUGAUCCAGUGCAGGCAGUAGAGAAAACGCAAAUCAUGCAAAAUGCGUUGACCUUGACAUCGGAGUGCAAGGAGUGGAUGGUAGACGGCUCAUUUUUCAUACCCUUGCGGAAAGAAAGAAUGCCAUCCUGUCGAAGACAAGAGGGUAUUGUAUCGAUCACGGAUGAGGGAUCACUACGGCUGCACUUCAACUGGAUGCCUAAGGAUGAUAUCUAUACUGUCGCGUAUCUGCUUAGCGGAAUCGCUUUUGCCCAUAAAAACGGCGCAGAGGGCCAGAAAGCAGAGAACAUGCUCCAAGAUGGUAUCAAGAGAGAAAGCCAUAAUCAGAGACAGUCCGAUGCGCAACCGAAAUCAAUUGCAUCGGGAGCCCGCCUGCAGCUUUGGCGGCAGCAACUCUCGGCGUACAUGCGUCUCCAUCUAGCCUUUAUUCUUUGCGCUCGUUCUUCAUGGCAUCUAGCCGAGCAACAUAUCAACCUGCUGCAUAAGGUCAUGGACUCGUGGAGCUCACGGCCUCUUGUCCUUGAUCGCAUGCUUCAGCUUCUACUUGCAACUCAUUAUCAAGGUACUGGACAUCUUGACGAAGCUGUAGGCCUUCUGGAAGAUCUUGUGACCACACGACAUGAAUCAAGCGGUGUCCUCUCCCACGUCUCGCUAGAUGCUUCCAGAGUCAGUACACUGAAUCUACUCUCAAUAUUGCAUGAGCCUAGUCACAUGGACCACCAGAGAGCUAGUGAACUUCUGGCCCAGCUCUCUUCAGACUGUUCCAAACAUUCAAAUCGACAAAUUCAGUCGGCGUACCACUUAUUGCAAUCUAUUCUACCCGAGACAUCUACGAUGAUCAAAGAGAAGCAAUUUCUCCAGCGAGCGCUCGAAACUGCAAAAGCAUGUGCUAACUAUCCCUUAUUGACGAGAAUUCUGGGACUCAUGUUCGAGAAAUUUUUCCAAGGACAAGUCAGUGAACAAGCAAAGAAAUCAGCUCGAGCAAGCCACAUCAUGGCGAAGAAAGUAGGAGACAAUCUAUGGAUCUGCGUAACCGCUGGCCAUGUGUGGAGAAAUUCGGACUCCAUUGGCAGCAUUGAGGAAGCGGAGCUAAUGGAGUCCGAAGCCUGGGAAGCUGCAAGACUGCUACCAUCGGCCACGCAGCAAGGGUUGAACUUAGUCGAUGCGCAUACUGAGAAUGAAGUCGACAUGCGAGAAGCGGGAUGA